UGGCGUGCAAUCGCCGGUUAGUUCGCGCAAGGUCAAGUUCGGAACGAGUCAUUGCUCCACUGCAUAGUUCAGCUCCCGCGCAUCUUGUCUUUGGAUCCUCACGAUCCAAAAUGUUGCGGAAGACAAUAUUCACAAUUUGCCUGUUCUGUGUGUCCGCACAAGCGCUCGCCAGCAGUGAUGACAAAUUCAUCAAAAAAUACGCCAUGAUGAAGAUCUAUGAAAGCUGUUUUGGUCCUGAAGUUGUAAAACAAAUUAGAGAAGAAAUGAAAGACGCGUAUGCAAAAUGCUCUUUACCGCCAUCUUUCGAGGAGUCCUCGAAUCCGUCCCAAAUGUCGUCUGUAUUACUCGGGAAGUUACCGCCCGGUUUCUCAAUGGAUCCGAGUACGCAAACCAUCACUAAGCCAACAGAUGGCGCUUCUCUGAAUCAAGAAAAUGAUUUGCCAAAUCUUGACACAAAACCACAAAAACCAACACCAAUGGCAGGAGUUCUAUCAUUCAGACCAUUGACACCAAAUUUCCCGCAACAAGCUAUCCCACAAGCGGGUAUCCCGCCUUACAUGAUGCAAAAUCCCCAGUUCCGUCCCUUUAGCCCAGGAGCCUCUUUCUUCCAAACUCCAUACAGCGCGCCUGGAAUGUUCUAUCCACCUGGACUUCCAUACAAUCCAUACGCCUACCCACAGCAGUUCCAGCAAGCAUUUUACCAGCAACCGUUCUUCGGAGCGGGCAGAAUGGCGUUGGGUACAAGACAGAUGAAAUCCUACGAGUCCCCUCGCGAUUUGGACAUUCGUGACCGUCUAGAGUUAAUCUCUCGCGGACCGAGCGCUGGAAGACUGCGUAACGUGACCUGUGUGAUGCAAGAACUCGGCUACAUCGACCACAACCUCGAGCCAAACUACGAGCAGAUCACUCAGCGCAUCAACAACUUACCAGUCCCAACCGCACUUAAGACAGACAUUCAAGAUGGCCUACACUUCUGUCAGAAAUUCUCGCAAUGUGUACCAGAAAUCAAACGCGACGUGGCGCCACUUUCUCAAGAGCUAAUCAAACCAAUGUUCUUCUUCAGAUGCUACAAGCACAAAAAACUAGAAGCAUGUAUCAUGAAAGACAUUCGAGAACGUUUCACAUCGGAAGAUGAAUUGGACUCCGAAAGUGAUUUCAGAUUCAUUUCUAGGUCGGCUCGGUCAGUCCGCGAAGAUUCCCUGCCCGACCCGAGGUUUGAAGCUCUGGACGAAAUGGCCGCAUACUUCUACGACUAUUUAAGCGGUAGCACAGGAACGGACUAUGAUUUGUAUCUGUAGACUAUAAAUUUUAACUUAAAACUAUAUAGUAUUAAAGCGUAUAAAAGUUGUUUUAUCUGUGGCUCAGUGUUUCGGUUAAGCAAUUUGUCAAAAAAAUUGAAGAAGAAAAAAUGUUUUUUUUUAUGUAUUUGUUCACUGAGAUUUCUAAUUCCCGAUAUGUCAAUUAUAAUUCAAUGCCAAUAAUUUAAUGGUAGUAGGAGUUAACAAAAUGGUUAAGCAAAUUAUAUUUGUAAUUUUAUUAAUAUAGAUUUGCAAAGGCUGGUAAUUUUAAGAUUUUUUUUGUUAUUUUUUUGCAUUUACCUAUAACAUUCGUUGCUCAAAAUAUUUGUGACAAAGUUCAAGAACAAUAGUGCAAAUACACGGCAUUUACAUAAUUUAUGUAUUAAGCAUCGGAAAAUCUUAUAAUUGUAAUCUAUAGAAUGUAGUAGAAGAAUAAGAAAGUAUGCUAAGAUUAAUCUAUAGUUAUAAUCCAGGGCCGGUUAAAAAGGACGAGGCUGGGCAAACUUUCGCGUCUAUUAGUGCCCUGGUCUCGCCGAAGUCCUUAAAUCCUUACUGUCGUAAUUAAAACCAUUCUUGCAGCCUUAUUAUACCAUAGACAUUUUUUUUCAAUCUUAACAAUAAUUCUAAUCUCAAAAAACAUUAAUAGGUAUAUCUCAAGUAAAAUAAUUUGUGCGUCUCGGAGGCCUAAUUCAGUCCUCUUUCCCUUCCCCCCCUUUUUCUUAUAAGGAAAGGAUGGGAAGUGGAAGUGGACUUUCCGGUUGAGAGGAUGCACGGAAAGGGAAAUUAUUUUCGUUCUGUGCAU